AGCUACACGGCAUCAGUGCACGCUGGUUCACCGCGCCGGUUACACGGUUGCAGUCCUACGUGACAUCCGCUCAUUUGAUAAACGUCGCAAUUUUCGAACAUCGUUUACUCUUUUUGUAUCGUUUUACUUGCGAAACAUUUCGUUAAAAUUGAAUUCAGUUUGAAUCGGGUAUUCGAGCGUGUCAAGAAUCGCGAGAUCUAAAUAUCGUAGAAGUCGACGGCGAAUAAAGAGAUCCGAGUAGAGAAGCGGUGUUUGAAAACGAAUCGCGAUGCCGGCAGACGCGGAGCUCAGUAAUCUGCUUAGCAGGAGACAGAAGAUCAACGAGGAACUCGAGGAAGGUAAAGAAGUGAAAAAGCAGUACAAAUUCGUGAACGUUUACACCGAAUUCCACGAGCUGUCCCGUCGCGAAAUCAAGCAGUACGAGCAGACGUUCAACAGGUUCGACGACGGUCACGAUGGGUACCUCGACCUCUCCGAACUCAAACGGAUGAUGGAGGUUUUAGGUGCACCGCAGACGCACCUGGGUUUGAAGGCGAUGAUACAGGAAGUAGACGAGGACGGGGAUGGACGGAUUUCCUUCCGCGAGUUCCUGCUGAUCUAUCGCAAAGCACGUGCGGGGGAAUUGGAACAAGACUCCGGGUUGGGGCAGCUAGCACGUCUCACGGAAGUCGACGUGGACGAAGUGGGAGUCACGGGGGCUAAACAUUUCUUCGAGGCCAAGAUCGAGCAGCUACGAAAGGCGAGCAAAUUCGAGGACGAGAUCCGCAUGGAACAGGAGGAACGGAAGCGCGAGGAGGAGGAAAGAGCAGAGAGGCGGGCGCAAUUCAGGCAGAAGGCAGCUCUGUUUGGCAAUUGAAAGGGAAAUUCGAUUUGCCGAUUGAAAGUAUCGAGCCUAUCCACGCCUACACCUCAGCGGAAUUACGAGCGAUCCUCUUAAUUUGAUUUCACUAGGAUUUGGUCAACCAAGAGAAUUGCGUAGAUUAAUUACAGCCUCGUAAUCGUGUGACCUGCUUCUUCAUUCAACUUUAGGAAAUAUUUGUAGGAGACCUAUAGUAAAGCUGUUCUAUGUUAAUCUUAAGAUCACACGUUGCCAUUGAAUAUUUUGUUGUUUUUAUAUCUAUUUUUAAAAAUACAUCUGAAAAUUGAUCGUAUGAACCUCUUUUUAGAAGGUCGAAUUGUACAAUGAAAUUUUUUAAUAAUAGGAAAAAGACGUUUAUACUGUGUUAUACAGUUGGCAGUGUGUUAAGCUGAGAUUUUCGAGAUUACAUUUUACGUACAUUGCUUUAUACAUGUAAUAAGUAUUAGCUGUGAACAAUGAAAUCUUUUACAUGUUAGGUAGUUAUUUUAAUACGUGGACUUUACUUUUUUAAGUCUUUGGGCUAAUCUGUAUAGAGAAUACUUUAUAUUUUAAGUCGUUAAUGCGUUUCUGUAGGUUCGCACUUGGAUAGGCAUUAAGAAGUAUAACGACUGAUAUUGGUAUAAGUGUAUCUAGAUAAACGUAAUCUGUAUAUGUAUGUAUAUUAAUUUGUUUUUAUGUAUAGAGAAGAAAACAUUUCGCAACAUGCGUUGAAUGUAAAAAUAUUUUCGAAAACUGUCAGAUAUAAAAUAUUUUCCUCAAGAUUUAAAACCGUACAUACAUUUGAUAUACAUCGAAGAUAUUUUUAUCGAUCGAACGAUGUUGAUAAUUUGUAUUUUUAUAAUGUCCACCGUUGAUUUAUAGAUGAAUUAAAUUUGUUUCAGUGAAAUAUAGAACUAUUCUAAAUUAUUUUUGUACGAUGUUUAUGGAGAAGCGUUAGGGAACUCUUAAAAGGUCCUUGUAUAAUUGUUGCGAAUUGUAUGUACAAAUGAAGUACAUGACGUAAUUAAGUUUGUAAAAUUAUUAUGUAAAUAAAUUUUCUUUGGGUUUCAUAUGA